UGAGCACGCCUACCACUGCCCACCACUGCCGUAGUCUGUUGACGAACCAGAUUAUAUGACUUACCAAGAGCGAACACAAACAGUCACUAUGAAGGGGAUUUGCAUCUUACUACUAUGUUUCGGUAUGGCCGCUGCACGAAAUUGUUAUGGCAAUCACAACGGCCUGACCGAAACGGACGUCAUACUGCUUGUGAUGAAUGACCUUGACAAAGAUGAAAGUCAGCAGGUCACCGAAACCGAGUUUAUACACGAAUUCAUUACCAACUACGACCAGGAUCGAAAUGGCAGAGUAGAGGAACAUGAAUUCAUACAUGAAUGGCACAGUCGUUACCAUGACGACAAGGAAUUUCCACGUCUGCUGUUCCAUGUUCUAAGAGUUACCUCCAACCAGUACCUGGUAAUUGAAAACGUCCCAGCAAUGAUGGCCAAGUUUGAUAUCAAUGGUGACCAGCGUUUGUCAUACGGAGAAGUUCAUGAAAUAUUGAUGAAGCUAUACAGAACUUGCAUUCAAGAACCGUAAUCUAACCGAGCAAUGAAAAUACUUCAAGUGUCACAAUAAACAGCUUCCAAUUAAA